GGCUGUUGCCAGUAUCCAACGUACACAGGGCAGGUGGACGUGCAGCUGUAACCAAUUUGAACAAAAACUUGAUUUUAACCUCGAAAAAUGUCGCUUUGACCGUUCAGUCCCCAUCUUCGGGUGGGAUUUUAUCUAUUCCGAACCACUCUAAACGGCACCCUUCAGUAUGAACCUGGGAGAUGGUUUGCUCUUGGAGCUGGAAAAUGGGAAACCCAAACUGAUCCUACUAAACCGUGAAGAAAAAGUUCAGAAGAAUCCAGGGAAGCCAAGUUCCCGACUGCCCAGCGUAUUGAGCUGCAGACAGCCCUCAAGAGUGGAUACACAUACACCCCGAACGGAGGAACAACCAAUCAGGAAACAGAAUGCACUGAAUGGGAGGAGCCACCAGAGUAAACCUGGAAAAGGAGGGACCAUCGUCAAGGAGUGGGGCCAAACUGUGACAACUUCAAAAACUCAAGAGAACCAUAUGCCGAGAAAAGAAUUUAAAACUAAUGCCAAGGUGAAAGCAGCCAAACCCCAAAAUGUGAGACCAAUCAGGAAACCAGAGGAGCCCACGAAAAAAGUAGAGCCAUCCAAUCAGAGUGAACCGCUGAAGGAGAAUGAGGCUUGUCUGACCAAUGAGCAGCUUCAGCAUAUUCUUAAAGUGGUCCAGACAAAUGACUAUGCCCAAAACACUGAAGAAAACAAGACGGACUCUGUAUCGAAUGAAACAAAGGGACCAGAGGAAAUAAGGGAAGAAAUUGAAACUGUAAAUGCACCAAACAAGUUCAAAGUAUCUGGAGGUCUGUUAAGCUGGGUGGAAGAGCGGCCGUCGGAGGACAGAGCUGCACUGGAGGCAAAGAAAGCUCAAUGGAAGAAAGAUCUGGAUGAACAAGUGGCACUGAAGCAGAAGAUCCACCGGUCGGCUCCACCCAGACUACAGAGGGAGGACGACACAGAGAGUUUGGUCUCAGUCCAGAGCUCCAUCAGUUACAAAGAUUUACCGGCUGCCAUCAGGUCCAGCCUCAGAGUCGGGGAGUUUGCACCAAUGGACGAGGUGGAGCUGACUCAGGAGCAGAGGCAGGAGCAGAGGAGACGAUGGCUUCAGGAGCUGGACAAACAACGAGAGGAAAGUUCAGAAAGAAAACGCCUCGAAAAACUACAACAACGACAAACAGAGGACCAGCACCUGUGGGCUUCUCACUUUGAUUCCUUCCAGAGACCCCCCCUUGCCCCUCUGUCCUGUUCUUUUGUACCUCCACCUUGUCUUAGCGCAGACAGGGGUGAGACAGGCCUCUGCUCCAGUCUGUCCCAGUGGGAGGAGGUCAGAGGGGGUGUGGAGACAAAUAACAGCGGGGGACACACCACCAGAGCCAGUCACCUUCGGACCAUGACGUCUCUGUUGGAUCCGGCAGAAAUUGAGGAGAGAGAGCGGCGCAGACUCAAGCAACUCGACCAACGGCGAACAAUCAAACUGCAGGUUGAGGAGCGCCGUCGCCGUAGAGAGGAGGAGGAGUCUCGGAGGAAACGGGAAGAAGAGGAGGAGGAGCGAAGAGUGGAGCAGGAGGGAGAGAGACUUCACAGACAGUAUGAAAGAGACACACAGCAAGAGAGGAACAAGGAGCAGCAUCCAGAGAUGGAGGCCCGAGUCACAAACUGCUCUGAGCCUGAACUACAGUUCAACACAGCGGUCAAUCAGGACGCAAGUCUUGAGCAGGAGGUGGCACCAACAGCUGUCAAUCAUCUCAGAAACACUGCAGUUCAAACAGAGGAAGUGCACAUUUCUGAGACCUUGGACCUGGGCUCCUGCGGCCCAGUCCCUGGUUUGGUCCCUGGUCCGAAUGCCGUAGUCAGGGCUCAGGUCAUGCAGAUGUUACAGAUGUUGCACAAAGGAUUCGGAGCAGAGGUGUAUGAGCCAUUCACCAGGACAGAGUGUCCCAAAAAAGAUGAGAAGAGACCAGAGUGGAACACACAGAGACCCAGCCGGAGGUUUGUCCCGGCCUCUCAGCGUUACCCUGAAGAACUGCAGCGCCAGAGACAAGAGAGUCGUCUGAGGAGGCAGGCGCAGCUUCUGUCCCUGCAAAGGAAUCCAACCAACAACCCAAAUAAUAAUACAACCAACAAUAAUCCAACAAACAACCAAAACCUGCCCCCAAACCUCAGCCCCACUGAGCCCGAGCAGAGCAGAACCAAGGCGCACAGUCGGAUGGACACAAUUGGGCAGUCUGCAGAAAGGGGGCACUCUCCUGUGCAUGGUGAAGCUCCAGACUUUCUCCCUUAUGUACGAACAGACGAAGUGGAUAUGCAACCACAGCACUCACUACACACAGCUCCAGCUCCUCAGCUUCUACAGAAAACCCAGAGACAACAAGAAAUCAUCAGAGGACUGGCUCGGCUCAGACAGGGUUUGCUCCAAAAACAACGUGAGCUCAAGUCAGAUCUGAGCUGCAGUCACCUUGACCACGACCUUUGGCCUGUUUCCGUGACAGCAACCUACCAACGUGAACUCUAACAACUCGAUCAGCAGAGCUCACUUCCUGUUUCCUUCAGCAGCACUUUGAGACAGAGACCACUGUCUAUAUUUAUUGAAAUCUGAAUGUAAUAAACUUUGAACUGGCUCAGACUGGCUCAUUAUUGUGUAGCAGGUAGAGCUUCUUUUAAUUAAGAUAAAAAUGGUUCCCUUAGUAAAAAUCCUAUUAAUUUGGGGGUGACUACCUGUCCCU